GCAGGACGCGGCCACUGCCGGCUGCCCGGCGGGCUCCGCGCCAGAGGGUGGACGGUGCCACUGACGCGGCGGCCGGGGGCCGAGCGAGCCGCGCGCCCGCCCGGCAGCGGGCCCGGGGCGGGGCCGGGCCGCCCCCUCGCGCUCCCCUCAGCGCAUUCGCCGCGGGGGCCCCCUCUCCGGUGACGUCACAGCUGUCUAAAAAAGCGCCCUGGCGGGCGGCAGCGGGCACCGGCACCGCCGCGGGCACCGGCACCACCGCGGGCGGCAGCACCGCGACCAGCACCACCACCACCAUCACCACCGCGCCCCGCCGCCAUGGUGUCCCCCGUCACCGUGGUGAAGAGUGAAGGUCCCAAACUGGUGCCUUUCUUUAAAGCCACUUGUGUCUAUUUUGUCCUCUGGCUGCCAACUUCCAGCCCCUCUUGGUUCAGUGCCCUCAUCAAAUGCCUGCCCAUCUUCUGCCUGUGGGUUUUCCUUCUGGCUCAUGGAAUUAACUUCUUAGUGUCACACCGGAGCGCCAGCCGCAUCCUAGCGGGACUCAUAUUCUCAGCAGUGGGAGACGCCUUUCUCAUCUGGCAGGAGCAGGGCUACUUCAUUCACGGUUUGCUGAUGUUUGCCAUCACACACAUCCUGUACUCUUCAGCCUUUGGCAUGAAGCCUUUGGACCUCAAAGCCGGCUUGUUGAUGGGCCUUGUUUCCAGUUCCUGUUAUGCCUUCCUGUACUCCUACCUCUCAGGCCCAUUCACCUACCUGGUAGCUGUCUACAUUGCCUUGAUUGGCUUCAUGGGCUGGCGAGCAGUCGCUGGCGUGCAGCUGUGCAACGACCUCUGGACAUGGACCAAGCUCUCGGCCUGCAUCGGGGCGAUGCUGUUCAUGGUGUCGGAUCUGACCAUUGCACUUAACAAGUUCUGUUUUCCUGUGCCCUACUCGCGCUUCAUCAUCAUGGCUACCUACUAUGCAGCCCAAAUGCUUAUUGCACUGUCAGCUGUAGAGAGCAGAGAUGAAGAGGACUUCAGAAAGAGGAGCUAGGUGGAGUGCCAAUAGUCUGUGAACAAUGUGGGUUAUAUCUCAGGUGCUGCAGCUGCAUUCACCCCUGAGAGAGAUCUCCAUUUCUUUAAGCACAUUGGUGAUGUUGAUUUUGCUUCUUUGAAGCAUUACCUUUGGGGAUUUUUUUUUCCAAUGGCUUUCUCUGAAUACAGCUUACUUCAGUGUGGAGUCCUCAUCAGAAAACUUAGACUGCCCCUGCAACUCAUUCAACUUUUCCUCGUUGGAAGUGCUGUACUACUGCAUUACUUGUUAGUCUUGAAACUGACGCUGAAUGUCUGGGAUGAGGAGGGCUGAUGGAAAGGAGGUUUGGGCAUGCACUGUGCUAGAAGACUUGCUUUCAGUAGUAAACAGACAGGCACAGAUCUCUGGUAAAAUCAUAGGUGAAAACUAAUCUAACCAACAUUUGUCUCUUUUUGUGUAUUACCUAGUAUACAAACUGGACCUAUUGCCUCUGCUGAAAGAAAACCUGGAGUUAGAGUAAAAACACCAUAAUCCAGAUGAGGGAUGAGCUUUGGAGUCAACAGCAGGAAGUGGGGCAGCCCCCAGCAGCACCAGAAUGAAAGCAAAACACCAAUCAGAGAGCACAGACCAAGAGGUGCGCUCACAUGCAGUGCUGUGUGCUUUGAUCGCGGUUCAUCACUGCUGCACGGCAGGUCUGUGCGUGCAAGUCAGCGUUGUCAAGUGUGGCAGAACUAGGAGUUUGGUGAGAUUUCAGGGACAUCUAGGUAGCCAGGUCACUGCGUUCUCCCCUGUCAUUCGUGUGCAGUUACAUAGUGUCUGCAGCCACCAGUGUCAGCUGAGAUGUAAUGGGCACAUGAGGAACUUUGUGUCUUGCUAAUGUAUGUCCUAAUUGUCCUUAGUAUGGCAGACAGGAAUCUGACUUUUACGCCUUUCUUUCCCAGUAUCCUAACAAAUAAUAUUCCAUAUACUCAUUAAGCUUUACAAUACCACUGCUUGCAGUAUCUCUCUUGAAUCUUCACGUGAGCAUUUCCUGUGGAGAAGGCCCGAUUUUGAGUGUAUAUUGUUGUAUUUUGCCAGCUGGUGGUAACAGUGAGCUUUGCACCACUUGUUUUUGGAAAGCCCCUUUCAGCAGAGCUUCCUGAAAAGCACUGAAGUAUGUUCAAAGUGCCUGCUGCUUCCUUCUUAAACUCACAUGGAUGCAGUGAGAAUGUGCUAUCAGGGCUGGGAAAGCCUGUUUAAUUCUGAUCCAAAUGCUUUGGGUUUGUCUGCCCACCUGAGGAAGCAAGAUUACUUCUGACUUCAGACUCUUAAAAAGAUAAAGGAAGAGGUUGCCCUGAUUUUUAAUCUAAGUUCAUUUGUGAUCAUAUGUGUAUUUUUUCCUCUUAUUUAGGAUAUAUAAUAGCAAACACUCUUUCUGUUUGAAACUAUCUUGAAUGUACAUUUUCUUUCUGGCCCUUUCCUAGAGCCACCUGCACGGGCUUGAGAUGCUCCCCCAGUGAUUUAAGACAUGAAUGUACUCAGGUGUGCAAAGGAAGCUUGCUGGGGGUUCCUGCACCUCUUCAGACCUGCAGGCAAACAGGGACAACCAGUGCAGACUGCACAACUUUAAUCCAUGUGCCCCAACAGCCCCUUGCACACAGGCAGAGGGAGCAGGAGGGGCAGCCCUCCAGACCAGCCUUGUGGGCUGAAAAUCACCACGGUCUCCAUACCUAGCAUGCCCAGACCAUUCCAGGCUAAAGCCUGGCACUGAGUCCCUGGCACAGUUGGCAGAGCAGGAAUUCCUCUUUGCAGAGUGCUGCAGGGUCAGGGGGCAGCUGAGGAAACCUUACCAAUCCUGCUAGCUUUUCCCUUGGUGUCAAAAGGUGCUCCAUGGGUCUCCUGCUCCUCCCUGGCCUUGCAUGGUGGCACUGGGUGGGCAAUAGGCAUUGCCUCCCCAUGAUUUCUGCGUUAGUGCAAAUGCAGCCAGUAUGACAAAAAUCUAGGUUAACCAUCCUGACCCCGUGAAGUCUUCUGCUGCUGUUCAGUCAGAGAGAGACAGAAAGGUCAGCUGCAUUAUUGAGAGGGAAAGCAUAGUAAAUAGCACAGCUCUGUGUAAUCUCUUCCCUUUAAUGCUGUUGUGUAAUAUUGUCAGGAUUCAUUCACCGGUGCACCAGGGCCUGCCUAGAGUAAACUAGUAAGGGAAUUUAGAGCCAUAAAACAUCUUCAUUCAUCAGCACUGCUUAUCUCCUGGCCACAGCUUGAACCCAGCAGUGUAGCUCUGCGGAUGUCACCUGCUGUUAACUCUGCUUGAGUGUUUACAAAUCUCCUCCUGAAACAGGUUGACCCAGCUAAGAAGAAAUCUAAGCAUUUGGGGUGAACCCCACUGUUCUCCCAGCAUGGGAGCAAACAGCACAUAUCAGUCUGCUUUACAGCUCCUUGUCAUUGGUCAGUCCAGCACGUUUGGUCCUUAGCUGGCAGUUCUUCAGAGGAGUCCCCUGCACCCUGAGCUUCCUUUUGCUUUGAGGAGAAUGCUUGUGUGAUAAAGUAAGCUUUAUUUAAAAGUUAGAAUUUUGAUUCUGUCUUUCAUCUCUAGAAAUGAGUAGUCUUCAGUUUCCUGGAGAUGGCCAAGUUGCUUUUCUGGGUCCGUUUUCAUCUUGGCUGGCUUUGUUAUCCUGCUCCACCAUCAGCCACUGGAUACUUGCAGAAAUGGAUCUUUUAAGUGCUCUUAGGAGGCCUGCCCUUUCCCCUCCACUGGUCAGCAGAGGUGCAGUUUCUGGUGGCAGAGUCCUCUGGGUAGCUCCAGCUGGGACAGCAAACACAUGCAGCUCACGUGAGCUGUUGUUCCCUCACUGUCCCCUCAUCUGGAGUAGGCUGGCUGGGACACAUCCUGGUCAGCCACACUGGCUCCAUUCCAGUGCUGCAACGGCUUCAGACUUCCCAGGAACAUGAGGCAGAGCCCUCAGCAUACAAAGUCAGGCAGAGUCCUGGCUGGCUCUGAGGUUUGCUAGCAAACACUCUCAGUCUUCAAAUUCUCUCUCCCACUCUGCAUUCCUCCUUUUAAUCCAUGUACUUGAAUGAAAUAAUUUUCCUGGAGGCUCUUUCCUGCUGGGAAGAGACCAGCUGCUGUGGAUACUUAUUUGAUACAUCUCUGAGGUUCAUAAACCCUGAGAAACACUAAGCAGUUGCUGACAGUCCAUUAAAUACUUUUUAUUGGGAUUAAAGCUGUUCCCUCAACCCCAGUGAGGACAAUCUCACUUUGAAAGGGAGCAAACAAGAAGUAGGAACGACGUGACUCUCUGUGGCACUGCCUUUGUGGACCUUCCUGUUGUCUCUUUGCACUGUAAAACUGCAACGUUUGAUCCAUUCUUCUCCUUUUCAGGGGUACAGUCUUUGAGAAGCACCCAGUCUUUGGCCCAGGUACAUCACAGAGGGAACGAAGCUUCCCAGUGGUGUAGUGUGCCUGGCCCCAGCGGCAUCAGCUCCUUUGCCUGCUAAGUACAGAGGCUUUCUUUUCACACUGCUGUAUUCAAACAUCCCUCUGCAAUUCCUGUCUAUGGUCUUUUGAGGUUCUACGCGUGGUUUGAUUACUUUUGCUCUCUUUCCUUUCUGUAGUUAUUAACCUCUUUGAGAUCCUUUGGCUCCUCAUUCGGACAGAUAAAAGAUGUAGCAUGUUUAUUUCAGCUUUGUAUCUCUGUAGAUACAUCCUCCUCACACAGGACUCCAAUGAAGUCAGAGAAGCAAUACUAAUUGCAACUCUUUUUUAAAUACUAGUAAUGCUUCUGGGCUGUGCCAGUCACACUGACGUCAGCAGGAUGAAGUUGGUGUAGAAAUGGUGGGUUGAGAAGAACAAAGACAGAGGAUUUUAACAGCUUUAUUCCUACUCUAACAAGAAAACUGUAUUCAUGCUUGAUACCCGGCUUCAUACUCCUCUGUACUGAGGCAGCUCUAAGGCUGAUUUGUUUAAAAAUUGUUCUAACAUGGCUUUUAAAUAGAUUGCUGAAGGUUUCAUGUUGUAAUCCAUGGAGAUAGUUUUUACACAAGUAUACAAAAUUCCCAGGACAAACUUUGCAGAACUUUUAGUGACUCUUCAAAGUUUUCUGGUCCUGUAGUUUGACACUAAGUUUUCAGCUUGCUAUCAUGGUAAUUUUGGGAGCAAUUCUGGAAGAAGCAGAUCAAAGCAAACAGCAACUGUAAAGCUCAGUGGUAGGUGCCUUUUUCUUUUUGCUUAGUUUCUGGAUACAGACAGGGGCUCUUUUAAGCAAAGGCAUCAUAACUGUGUUCUGGGAAGAGGACAGGAAGUUGCCAACUUCUCAUGACAGAAGUGCUCCUGGGUACUUCUCCUGCCUUUGAUUCAUGCUUUCUCCUUUUGUGGCCUUGGGUAAGUCACUUAAAUUUUCUAGGGCCAGGUCCUCAUCUGGUGUAAAAAGACAUGUGUGUAUGAGGGCCAGUGCUAUGCCAAGUUACAACAGCAGGGGACCAGGCCCUCACCCCAUUUCUAAAAUGGGGGUAUUGGCACUUACCUAUCUACCUCACAAGGAUGCUAUGAGGAUUAAUGCUCAUACAGUGCUUUGAAGAUGUAAAGUACUAUGUAAGUCCCAAGUAUUAUCCUACCUUAGUGUUAAAAACGCUUUUAGGGAUCUGUAGGACUUCCCUUCAAGCACGGAAUUUGUGACUGCCUUUUCAGUUUGCAUCAGAUGGAAAGAAAAUGCAAAAUUUUUAUUUAUACUGGUUAACGGGAUGGGUUCAGCUGCAUUUGAACUCUGAGGAGGGCUUAGCUUAAAAGCCUGAACUCUAAUUUCAGUUUUGCAGAUGGUUUUUAGGUCUUUUAAAAGCCAAAUUCUUAGAUAUGAAUCUUGCAUCCAAAUUUUGCAGUCUGGUUUAUCCCUGACUUAGCUAAAAUAAAUCUAAUCCAGCCAAAACACAGUGCUCUCACAGUCUGCUAUGGCUGUUGAAAAGACUGGAACAGAAAAGGAAGUCAUUCUUUUCAACCUUCAUUCUGCAGAAGGUCAGCUAGGUUUCAUGGGACAACUUGCAAAGGGAUGUUUAAUUUCUGUGAUUGUAAAUUUUCUGGCUUUAAAAUCAGGAGAGGGAAGUCCUUGGUGGAAUCAAUAAGGUCAGCACAUCCUUCUCGAAUUACUUCCUUUUCACCUGAAUCAAAGAAAUAGCAGGUUCCGUCAUGAAGGAAGUGCUUGUACCACUAGUUCUAUGGCCCAGAACAAAAGCUGAUCAGAAAUACAGCUCUAAACCAUCACCAUGCUCUCAACUAGUAUAAAAAUACCACUGUUCACUGAUUUCAGAUCUGGACCACAGCUAGAAGCUACUUGGUUCUAGUAGCACUAGCUGCUGUACAAACACAAAUGAAGGAGAGGAAUUACACACCAAGAAACAUGAGUUGUGUACAUGUGAAAUGGACCAUAAUUUUGAAGCAGCUGCAGUAAAAUCUUAUCUUAAUAUGAACUCAGAAGCAAACACAAUGCAAAUUUUUAUGUUUUCUUUAAUAUGUUUGAUGGGUUUUAAUUUUCCUAGUUUGGAGAAAGUUUUCUUAAUGUUAUUUUAUUUUUGCUCUUAUUGUAAAGAAUAAAAUUAAACAACUCUAGAUAGACUACAAAUGAAAAAAGGUGGCCAGUUGGCAGGAAUGCCAAAACUUUUGUGGCUUGUAUUGUUUCUGUGGUGACACUACGCUGCUGUAGGAUGAGCUACUGGAAUGGUGUGAUGGCUCAACAGUGAGGCUGAAGCACAAGGCCAGCCUCAUGUAAGAGGGAUGCAGGGGCUGAGCCACUGAGGCAGCAGUGGGAGCACAACUGGGCCAAUUUGGAUCAGUCAGAAGACAGAGAGAGCAUCAGGAAAUAAAAGAAACCUUUUCCUGACAAAUAAAAAGCAAGAAGCCAAAGCCAGCCUGCUGGGCGACGGUGCUGAAUCAGUACAAACAUGUACCUAGACCUUGCUUGUGCAGGCUCCUGCAGGACCAGGAGGCCUGGCUCCUAAUUUACCUAGGGAGGUUUGCUCCAAGCUUGUGGUGCUGGCAGAGUCAGGCCAGCAGAACCUGCUGUUUUGUUAACUAAAUUCCAAAAACUAGAAGACCACAACAAUCACCACCAAACCAAAACAACAACUACAGAAAACAAGGAAGGAAAGAGCAAAUGCCAUUGGCAAGCAGUAGUUCUGCAUGGCUGAGACCACAGACUGGCUGGUCUGUCCUGAACACUAAUCUCCACGUCUUGUGCCCAUGCGAGCCUUUGGCUCCAGCCCCUCUCCCAUGCAUUCCACACAGAGUGCACUGAAAGAUGUGACGGAAGCAGCUGCUCUCCUCCAGGAGUCAAGCAUUUUGCCAGGUCUGAAAGUGUCUAACACUUACUUCCUUUACCGUGAUUGUAAAGGUCACCACAUGCAGUACGGCCACUUGAUCUGGGAUCUUUUCUUAACACAUUUUUACGCUGAUUUUACUAUUUUAAUUCUUUGUUUGGAAUGUAUUUUUCUCUCAUUUCUUCUCUGUGUAACAGCAAUUAAAAAUAUUAAUUUACUGUGUAUUUUUACUGUCCAGAUA